AUGCCCAUUAAGGAAAGUGACCAGCUGCCGGCAGAACUGCUGCUGCUUCGAUGUGCAAUUUUUGGCGCCACCAAUGCAGGCGGCUCCCCCAGAGACCGCGGCUUGGGAACCUCUUCCUGUUGGAACGAUGCAUGGUCCCCUGCGAGGAGUACGAUGUACCUAUCGUCCUGCAUGAACGUCGACCGUGGUAUUGGCUGGAUGAAUGCAAGGGAUCAGAGAAACAAUAGGACUGUCAAUGAUAUUGUCAGCUCUACCUGUCCUACAGUAGUCAGUUAUGUACCCAAGGGUCAACCGCACGCUCUGACUGGCGGGCAAUUGGAGGUUCAUUUUUCCAAGAAUAGAAUUUUCUCCGCACGGAAUGCGAAACUUUUUCCAGGCCAACUCUGUGUCGGUGAGGAUUUUGGUAAAGCAACUGAAAGACCAAUGGCAACCAUGUGGAUUAUAGACCAGGUCAGAGAACAGGCAUUAUUCCUUGCAUAUCGAGUUAGAGCCGUGGAUUGUCGUGAACAUUCCUCUGCAAGACUAGCGGCUGGGGGGAACAAUCAACCAUAUCGGCUGAAGUCCAUUGGACUCGCCACUAGUGGCCUAGCUGCUUUGGUCUUAGUCCCUUUCCAUUGGAAAGCUCCAGCUGGGAGCUCUUGUGCUUGGGUUGCAUGGAAGCUCAACCUAGAGCUGGGGAGAGCUGGUGGUUGUGCUGUCGCAACCCCCUCAAGAAUGGAGGGGUUCCACCGGCACUCCCGAAAUGCUGGUCAUCGUUACCAUACCCUGUUUGCCCUUUUCAAACGCGGACAUGAAUCGCACGGAUCAUAUAGGAUGAUUGCUGCUGGAAGUCCUUGCCGAGUAGCCAUGUCCUUAACUUAUACCCUUGACUGAGCUACGGAGGUGU